UUAACGGCACACCUAUCGCUUAAAAAUCAAAUGUAAAUGAAUAAAUAUUCAAGGAGCGUACAAAAAUGCCAGUCAAACCAAGGGACAGCGACUCCGAUUCCGAGGAUGACGCCCAGAUGCGCCAGUUCCUGGAGGCGGCGGACACCACGUUGCUCACAAAUGCUAUGUAUCAAUCGCAGCCAAAGGAGAAGGCGCAUGAAGCAGCCAACGAGGAGCAGCCGGUGGCCCCCAGGAAGAACGAAGCACCGCCGGUAAAAAGUGAACGCUACGUGGAGGAUCAGGACGCACCUGCCAGCGAUCUCCAAAUCUCGCAGGAGAUGCAAACGCACAUUUGGCGCAGACUGAGCGGCAUAAUCCAGGCGCAAAUCGAGUUCUCUCUGGAUGCACCCAAUAGCGUGGGUAAACAGAAACCCCCACCCGACAAAGUUAAGCUCGUGUCCAAUGCCGAUUGCUACUUGAUCGCCGAUUUGGUGGUGGAAGGUCCUGCAGGUCCGAAAAAGAAACCUACCAUAAGGAGACGGAACCCCGAAGAAGACCAAUCGGCGCCCGAAGCUCUGGACUCUGUGGUGGUCACUGGCAACUCCAUACUGGAAGGCAGGGACCUGCUAGCGUGGGCCCAGAAAAAAACGCGCCACGACAAAGUCUUCCAGUACAGAGCAACCGAUCCGAAUGCAACCAAACUAGUGGCCAUUGAACCCACCAACGAGUUCACCAAGCGGAGGCGACAAAACAACUGGAACGAGUCGAGGAUUAGCAAAAAGAUGAGCAAUAAACCAAACAAGUAAUAAAAACUA